UUUGGUGUGAUCAGGAAGGGUCUCUCCAGCUUCUACUCUGGCAAGUCCAAGUCGUUCACAAGCCUCGCCGAGGCCACGUCGACGGUGGCGGCGGCCAAGGAGCUGGCCAAGCCAGAGAACCCCUUCAACAAGCACCGCCGGAUCCUGGCCAACUGGUCCCGGCGAGCCUCCUGCAGCUCGCUCACCAUGGCCACCUAUCUGCCCCCUCUCCUGGCCCCAGACCACGCCGUAGCCGAGGGGGACGAGGGCGAAGAGGACGACUCCGACGACGAGGAGGAGGAAUGCAAUCAGCUGCCGCACCGCGGCAAGAAUGUUCGGGACGCGCCGGCAUUGCCGUUGCCUCCCCCUAGGCUCCUCGGUGUUGGCAUGCAGAGGAGGAAUGGCCUUGGGAGCUUCAGAUCUCCAAGGUCCUUCUCACUGUCCGAUCUGCAAAGUAGCAGUACUGAUGGUAGUGAUUAGCAGCUGCAAAUUUGCUUCCAGCUUUGGCCCCUCUUUGGCCAGUAGAGAUUAGUAGCCACUUAUAUAUACUAUAUAAUUGCAGUGUAUAAGAUCCAAGUCUGUUGUGUUCAUCCUGGCUUUCUUUGACCUCAGAAGUUGUGUACUCCUAUGAACUGACCUAACCUGGUAUCAUUGACUAA